AUGGCUCCUAGACCGAGACCAGCAGCUCCUGCACCUACGUAUGCGGAUUUGUUUGGCGAUGGAUCUUCCUUUAGCGGUCCAUCGUCUUCUUCCGGGACAGUUCCAGACUCUCACACAUCUCGGAGAGUUCCUUCGACCCCUCCUCCUCUUCCAUCUCAGAUGCCUCCCCCACGAGCUCCACCUGUCGCCCCGGAUCAGCCUGCCCCACCGGCUGCAGUUCAUCCCGAUUUGCGGGUGCCAGCUCAUGCACCAUUCGCAAGAUACACCGUCGAGGAUUUGCUUGCCCAGCCCGGACGAGAGGGUUUACACGUUCUGAUACCCGAUAGACCCCCGGGUACUUAUUGCCGGAGCGUUUCAGAGACGAUGAAGGGAUAUUAUGACGGCCCUUAUCCCAACUGGACCAUGACUCCCGAUCACGUCAAGACGACGUGGUUUAAAUGUUUUGCGCAAAGGUGGAACUGGUCCGUAGGAAUCACUGAGAGGGUGAAGAGCGAAUUUAUUGCAAAGGCGAAAACUCGUCUUUGCAACACCGUCUCCGAUUGGAAGGACAAGUGGGAGAUUUACGGCUAUGAGGGGAAGCCGAGCGGGGUCACAAAGGAAGCAUGGGAUGGCCUCAUCACCUAUUGGAACGAACCCAGCUCCAUCCGCAAAGCCAACUCCUGCUCCGCUUCCCGAAGAACGAGGGAUAAAGAUGGCCAUUUGCCCAUGGUUCAUAGAUCCGGCCAAAAACCCCAUGCCGGAAUUCGUCUCGAAGCUGUAAUUUUUAUUUAA